UCGCCGCUGAGUUGCGUCGUGUGUUUAGUAAACUUUUUGUAAUUAUUGUAGUUAAUUAUUCUGUAGUGAUGUGAAUUGCAUGAAAAAUCUUCUAGAAAUAUCCUGUAGGAUCGCAGUUAUCAAAGGAUUAUCUAAAAAGUAAAUUGUGAUUUAGAAAAACAAUCAUGCUCGCGUUCAUAUUAAAAAAUAAGAACGAUAUUAUUUAUUUGCUACUACUCCUAUUUAGCAUUUUUAUUGGGCCCGUUUAUAGAAAUAUUAAGACAGUUGAUCUUAAGAAAUGGAUCGGGACAGCGUUGGGCCUUUUAUUGGUAAUCACGGUGUCGGGCUACGAUGCCGCGCAUCCUAUUAUAUCGGGGGCUUUGGGAAUGUUCGCUGUGAAAAACUCGCACAUUAAAUCUUGUCAUGUGGUGGCCUUCUUUUUCAUGUUCAGUUACUUAUUUGUGUUCCGAAUUGGAGAAAAAUUUGGUAUGAAAUCUCACUCUGGCCAUACAAAUCUUGUUGAAAUGAUCAUCGUGCUGAGAGUAGUGGGAGUAGCUUUUGAAAUGAAUGGCUCUUGGUUAGCGGCUAAUCAACGUGACAAAGGAAAAAAGGACGGAAAAGAUGUGGAGAAGAGGGAUGGCAAAGACGUACAAAAGAAGGAUGCAAAAGAUGUAGAAAAGAAGGAUGUGAAAGAUGAGGAGUUUCCGGAAUUGAUUAAUCCAAGUUUAGAAGACCUUCUACACUAUUGCUUCAACUACAUAGGCUUACUGACUGGUCCGUACUAUAGAUACCGCACUUUCGAUGACUAUUUCUACCGACCGUACAGCAAGUAUGCUGACCAUAUGCGCUUCACUGCUGACAACUUGAGAAUUGUUCCUUUGUAUGUCACUUUAUAUCUCGCAUUGGCGAAAUUCUUCCCACUCGAAUAUGUAUUCUCAGACGAGUAUGCAAACAGGACAUUCUUUUACCGUAUAAUGUAUCCAUGGAUGUUAUUUGCUACUUUCCGCACCCGUCUCUACUCUGGUAUGACACUGGCUGAGUGUGCGUGUACUGCAUGUGGCUUGGGCGCAUAUCCUGUUGAUGGCAAGAACAGAUCUGGACACGGACCUACAGUUGGAUAUAUGAGGCUUAAGAAUAUGUCUGAUGAAGAAGCAAGAGUUACUAAAUAUGACUUCAACACUAUUGAGUGUAUGGAUGUUUGGGGUUGUGAGACAGUUGUAACCCUUCGUGACUCCAUGAAAGUGUGGAACAAGGCUGUGCAAUACUGGGUCGCUAUGGUCGUCUACAAACGGUUCCCUAUUGUGCCAUUGAAAAUCCAUGCUGCGUUAUUUGUCUCUGUGAUCUGGCAUGGUUUCCACGCUGGCUACUUCUUCUGCAUCUAUUUCUGUCCGUUCUACUUGAUGGCCGAGGAUAUAUUCUACAAGCUGUACUACAAGAAUGCUACUGGGAUGAAAAAGAAAGUCAUCGGUUUUAUAAUGUGGUUCCUGCGUUCCCACUCCGAGUCAUACCAAGCGGCAGCGUUCCUGCUUCUGACAUUUGAUCGUAUAUGGAUAUACUAUUCUUCGCUGUACCACUAUUGGUAUGGUGUAUGGCUCGUUUUCCUCAUUCUUGGACUGAUUUUGAAGAAAGUACACAGGGCGUAAGAGUUAAGAUAAAUCUUGCAAUUUAUAAUUAUCGUGAGUUUUUUAGUAUAAUAUUUUUUAUGAAUUUAUAACUUGUGUUCAAAUGUUAUUUAUGUUGUUAUUUUUUUAUUUUUGAGAUUUUUCAUUAUUUUUUUGUGGUUAUUUUUUAAUUUACUUAUAAUGUUUUUAUUGCAACAAAAUCAAUGCAACAAAAAUUUAAGUGGCUUAACACAUUUUUAAUGGGCUAAAAUGAGGUCACGAAUUUGUUUUCUAGUUUUAUCUGUAUUUAUUAUGGGUCCAUUUUAUUCCUGUAAUUUUUUUUUCACAUUGAAAUCAUGUUUAAAUGGUUGAUUGGAUCCUUUAGGAUUUGCUCAAGGGGACUCUUUUAUUGGGUAGUAUUAAGGUGACUUUUCGAUCUUUACCGCAAGCGCAAAAUGCAACUUUAUGACACAGCCUAAUAGGUUUUAUUUUGCCGCAGCGGCACACGCCACCGCUGCUUUGUAGUGGCGUAUAGCAAAAUCAAACCUAUUACCUGUGCCAUUAAGUGGCAUUUUAUUUGAAUUACCCGAGUGGUACCUUUAGGUUUUAGAAAUGGGGUACAAUCUCAGAGUUUGAUCGAAACCUUCAUGAAUUAUUGUAGCUACCUCUACCUCUACCAUGAGUUUAAUACUAUAGUAUUUAUCGAUAC